AUGGGGCGAGUGUGGCCAUACCUACCUGGUUUAUUUUUUAAGAACAGAAACAACUAUUUUAAAGCGAACUCUUUUAAUGAAUUUCAUAAAGGGACAUGCAUUUUACUGGAUUUGCUUUUCUUAAAACAUACCAAAAAGGAAAAAAAUGGAAAAAAAAAGCUUGGUAUCUAUCAGAACUUCCUUUUACAACUGUCCUCCCCUCCAAGCAGACAGCCUGUCCCCUUCUACCCCAGCUCAGAGGAGCUGACCCAACUCAGAAUCUUUUCCUACAGGAUGAAGUGCCUUUUUGAAUGUUAUUUUAAGCUGAGAGUUAAUUUUUCUAUGCGACAUAUUUCCAGACAUCUUUUAGUCUUUUAUUGUCUUAGAUUCUCUAAGAAGAUGAAUAUGACAAUUUUCUAA